UUUGUUGAAGCGUACCUAAACUCUCUGAACGAGAGCGAGAGCGGCACGGAUACGGAGUAACUGCCUGGAGCUCACUCCGCUUUCAGACUUUGGGAAGGCUGUCAAAAGUUUGGCCAGUGCCAAGACCAUAACCAUGUUUUCUUUUCUGUUUGCUGGUGCUGUGCUACUGGAACACCAAGUUCCAGGCUACCAGGUUCUCACGUUCUUGGUACCUGAAUGUUACUCCAUUGGAUGCCUUCACGACGCAAGGUCAUGUUUUCCGCAUGUUAUCAAUUACAUUAAAGACAGUACAGUCAUCUCGAUCAUUUCAGAAUUAAGAAUGACCGAGUCACCACGAUACUUUGAUCCGAUAAGAUAAUAUCGGCUCUUGAUCAAGCCGUUGACUGCAGGCAGAAAUUCUACGAU